GAUUCUGGCCUUGAGUCAGACUUCUGGUAGUUAUCUCAGAGUUAAAACAGUUCACUGUUUAUUUCUAUUUUCCUGGACUCUGAGCCAAAAGAGGCCGUCCUCAGAUUCUCUGGAGCAUCUCCAGAUUGUAGGAGUUGAGAGAACAAAAUCUGCAGCACAGCGAGCUGAGAAAGAGCCACAGCAACAGGGAAUAGAGCUAGCAGGCUCUAGACCCACUGGCUCUUGGGUUGCUUUGGGGUCAUCAACUCGUCUUCUCUGGCAGGUGAGAGUAUUGCAAGUUAGGAUUCUUGCAGUCUCUCCCAUUUCAAAGAUGCUAAAUCUUUCAGGUGGCUUCAGCCUACUGAUCCCUGUCAUUGGAAUUGCCUUGGUGGUCCUUUUCCUGCUGUUGGUAGCUAUGUGCAUCCACCACAAUGGAGCCGGUGCUCAUGAACCUGACAUAGAGAGGAACUAUAGACACGUGGGCAGAAACCGUGUCAGGUGGGUCCAUCCUUGGCCAUUACGUGCUGGUGGCCCCCUUGGACGCCUUCACCAUAACCACCGAAACCUCCAUGGUCUCCACCCUCUCCAAGCAGGCCACCAUCACCAUCAUCUUCACCAUCAUCACCAUCCUCAUCGUCAUCACCAUGGUCACCGGGCUCACCGCUGAUGACUUUGAUUAAGAAAGGAAUCUAUCUCUGUGGAUUUACCAGUUUGAGGAGUCCUGCCUUCCUCUGAAAAUGAGACAUUUCUAAAGGACAGUUUGAUUUUCUGCAAGAACCUCAGGACCCAUAAGAAAAGGACAAUUGGAAGUGUUUGAUUAAUAGCGUUAUCUGUUAAUAGUUUAUUAUAUAGGCUGUAAAGCUAUACUGUGUAUCUCUGUCUUUGACUAUCUGUGUGUCUGUUUCUAUUUUCUUUUUUUCUUCUCUUCGUUUUUCUUCUCUCUUAUCUUCAUUUCUGUCUGUCUCUGUUUUUCUGUCUCUGUUUCUCUCUCUGUCUCUUUCUACUAGGAUAUAUAUUAAGGUAUCUUUGAGCUCUAUUCUUAUAUUUCUGUGUUAAGAGGUCUCUUCUAGCCCUAAUAUUCUCUCCUGUUAUUCUUUUCAAUUCUAACAUUUUGUAUUCUGAAAUGUCUUCUAACAUUAUAUAUAUAUGUGUGUGUGUGUGUGUAUUAUUUGUACAUAUAUAUACACACAUGUAUAUGUAUAUAUAUUUACACAUGUACACACAAAUAUCCUUAUAUGUUUUUCUCUUUACUUUCUGAAUAAUGAUCUAUUACAUGCAUAAACAAUAUGAUAUUGCUUAUAUCUGGGCAGGAAAAAGGAUCAUCAAUCUUCAGUUGGAUUAAAAUUUUAAACAAAAACUAUACAGGGCCUUGUAGAGUGGUAAACACCUGCCUUUCUGUUUAUUUUGGAGGCUUUCAUAAAAAACACCAUAAAUAUUUUAUAACUUUUAAUCUCUUAAGAAGGUUUAAUUUUGAUCUGCAUUUUUUGUUAUUGAAAUAGGAAGUUUUUUCGUGAUGACAUUUAAUAGCUGGUCAAUUGAAAUGAAGAAUUAGUUGAAAAAAUUUUGUAAUCCUUCAAGAAAAUGAUGAAGAUGUAUGUAAAAAAUGAAAUCUUUCAGUGAGCAAACUUGCUAUUGGGAAAUUUUAAAUUGGGAAAUUUGAUAAGCUAUCAAUCUGGUUCAACAAUGUUAGAUAGGUUUCAUUGACAUUUAUCUAGAGUAAAAAGAAAUGUUUCUUCAAAAA